AUGAUACAUAUUGGAUUUAUAAGGCAAAGAAAUCUCCGCGAUAGAUUAAAUGCUACUUGUGAAAAAGGAAAAUAUGCAUCAGAACUAGUACCGGUAAAAUUAGAAAUGUCAUUAAUAGUACUUUGUCUUGCAAAAAAUGACAGGACAUUGUUGGAAAUUAGGGUAGGUAUUGUUUUAUACAAGGUAUUGAUCCACAUCAAACGCAAGAAUAUCACACCGCCUAACCCAGAGCUCAAGAAAAUGAAGUCAAAAUCAUUAUCAAGCAAUGAUGCGAAUUUUCAAUUGUCUGCACCUGAAACUGUUAAGAUAACACCGUCACUUCCAUCUACAUCAAUUUCAGAAAAACCUUCAAGUAAAAUUCUUACUGAAACGAAAAUUAAUGAUUCCAAUGUGGCUGACAUCCAACCAUCUUCACAAGUACAAAAAAUGCAAAUUCUGGCAUUUAAAUAA